ACACAUUGUGCGUGGUCGCGCGUAGACAAAAACUGAAAGUAAGGCCGGCAGUAUCAGCAUCGGCAGACCUGCUCGCUGUCUCGUCCUUGUCCACCUCCUUCGGGUCAGCAGUGAACGGAACCGUCGCUAUGUCUCUGCCCACCGUGUCCCGCUUGUUAAGGAGCGCGCUGAGGACUCAGCCGGUCCCUGUGGCUAAUCUGUCGUCCAAACCUGCCAAACACAAUGUCACUGCAGGGGAGCAGGCAAUAGCUAUGACAGUCUUUUUUGUGACCAUCCUGGGUCCCUCCGGCUGGAUACUGGCUCACCUGGGGGACUACAAGAGGAACUAGUAGAAGAGGGAGAACAAAGUAUCAUCCAGGCCCAGACGAAGAUGCAGGCCAGCUGGCCAGUCAACCGACGCGCCCUCCACGUCUCUCGUUCUGCCGCGUCUUUCCUUGGCUGAUGGGUUGAGAGCUGGGUUUUCUGCUUCCAACUUGUUGGUGCACUCCUGACCUGUGAUAAUGUGCAUGUGCAAUGUGCACCAGUCAACCUCUUACUAAUAAAUACACGUUCAGUAUAGAAAA